GGAGGGAGGAAUGAUUAGCAUUUUCCAAACGCAGGGUGUUCUCAACCCAGCCUUUCGGCUUGCUAAAAAACACAAUAUUUUAAUUCAUUUCUUCUUUGUACACAUUUUUGUGUACCAACACAACUGAAGACCUGGAGUCGAAAAUGAACUGGGGAGCCUUUUAUGCCGUGAUCAGCGGCGUAAACAGGCACUCUACCGGGAUCGGACGCGUUUGGCUCUCCGUCAUCUUCAUCUUCCGUAUCUUGGUCCUGGUGGUGGCUGCGGAGAGCGUUUGGGGGGAUGAGAAGUCCGGCUUCAUAUGCAACACCCAGCAGCCCGGCUGCAACAGCGUCUGCUACGACCAGUUCUUCCCCAUCUCGCACAUCCGCCUGUGGGCGCUCCAGCUCAUCCUGGUCUCCACCCCCGCCCUGCUGGUGGCCAUGCAUGUGGCCCACCGACGCCACAUCGACAAGAAGAUCCUGAGGAAGUCGGGCCGCAGCAGCCCCAAGGAGCUGGAACGUAUCAAGACCCAGAAGUUUCAGAUCAGUGGAGCUCUGUGGUGGACAUACAUCCUCAGCAUCAUCUUCAGAAUCCUGUUCGAGUUGGCUUUUCUCUACAUUUUCUACUUGAUCUAUCCUGGCUUUAGGAUGGUGCGUUUGGUGAAGUGUGACUCGUACCCAUGCCCCAACACGGUGGACUGUUUUGUCUCCAGACCAACAGAAAAGACCAUCUUCACUGUGUUCAUGCUGGCAGUGUCUGGGCUGUGUGUGCUGCUCAACCUGGCCGAGAUUCUGUACCUCAUCGGCAGGGCCUGUCAGCGGUGCAUACGAGGCCCCGAGGAGGGGGCAAAAGGAGCUUGGAUAAGUCAAAGAUUCUCUACUUAUAAGCAAAAUGAAAUCAAUCAGCUGAUCGCAGACCAUUCUCUCAAAUCUAAGUUAUCUGUGACCAAAAAGAGCCCAAUUGAGAAAGAUGAGAGGUGUUCUGCUUUCUGAGACUCUGCCUCUCCUGAUACUUUUAACCUAAUCUACAGUAACCACAUUCAUGGAGCAUGUUGCUCUGCAUUACUGGCACAACAUCUGUAUAUUUUGGUCAGUGUACAUACAGUAUACAUGAUUAUUCCAUUGUUCAUUUAUUCAUCUGUUUUUUUCUUUCUUACUGACAAGUAUAGUUGCUGUUGAAACGUGUCUAAACUAUUUGGAGCCGGUGGUGAAAGUAAAAGAGGUGUGUUUUGUUUCGGGUGUAGUGUACUGUCAACAAUUUGCCAUAGCUUAUUUUGGUGUUUUUCGUUGGUAUGCAGUAUGAGAAGCAACCUGCCAAAGUGCAAAGUAUCUUCAGCCAAUGAAAAACAUGUCUGAGCAUCAAAACGUAUUCAGUUUACGACGAAGUUGCUUGGUAAUUCUAUUUCAAAUAUGGAUUUGUUUGAAAAGCGUGCAGGUUUGGUAAGUUGGCACACUGUUUAAAAACCACCAAUUCCUGCCAUACAGUUAUAGAUAUAUGAUGUAUUAAAAUCAUCAAACAUUGAUUUAGAAAUAUGUUACAGGCAAAGUGUCCCUUUUGAAAGGUUUGUGUUGGGAAAAGAGCUAAUGGAUCUCAGUUUCUCACCGGCACCUGAAUGCAGGCCCAAAACAUUAAAACAACACAAUUUGGAUUAAUCCUAGUAUUACAACUAAAGAAAUCCAUAAUUUUAGAUAACCCGCCAUACUGUGCAAAAACAACGCUGGGGUCCGUACUCCGUAGGUGCAAAGAUUACAGUAAACAUUAAUAUGCUGGAUCAAAAACAUUUUUUUAAUUUAUAUCAAACAUGUUAAUAUGUACCAUAUUCAAUUGUAGCCUGAAUAAAAGCUGAUAGAGUAAAUUCCAUUAAAGGUCUGUAGUAGCCCUUAUAACAGUUGGUUUAAAAUAAUGUCUAUAAUUGAACAACUUUUAUUAAAUAUUUUAGUUCAACAAGUGCAUACAAAAUAAUAAAAUAAACAUUUGGAAUUACAUUUCCACAAACAUCUCUGCUACUGACCCAAUAUUCAUGUAUGUAUCAUUAAGAAUGGUGCACAGAGCACAACCGUUUCAAUAAACCUUGAAGAAUCAUAGUACUGUAAAUAUGUUUUUGUGCAUGUAUUUAAAGGUGGGGUAGGUAAGUUUGAAAAACCGGCUCGAGAUACACUUUUUGUUAUAUUCCAUGGAAUGCUCUUAACA